UUCGCCGAGAUAAGGCGAGAAAUCGCGAAACAAUGGAUCCAAAUCGCGAUUCAAGAAUGAUUCAUAAUCCGUCAUUUUUACACACUCUGCGCAGUGCUGUUUGGCACGUGUGUGGAAUUUUAUAAAAAUAGGAGAAUAAGCGAUAGACUAUCUCUAGUGUCUCAAUUAUAUUAUCAAAUUAGAUUUAUCGCACUUUCGAGAGCCUGGAAUAAAGACACCUGUCGAUGGAUGUAGUAAAUCAAUGUCAGCGAUUACGCAGUAUUAUACGACAAAGAGGAAAGUGAGACGAAAGAUUUUUCAUUCAGAGUAUACAAGACAAAGCCUCACUCUGCAAACGAACAAUGAUGAUUGUCACAUGCAAACGACAGCUGCAUAAGCUCGCUUUCCAUCUUUUUCAAUACUUUGUCGUAUAUUAAAAAAGACGUUCUCUAAUCAAAUCAAGAAAAAUCCUUCGCUUUUUUCUUUCCACGACUGUAUAAUAUAUGCAGAUGCUACGUUUGCUUUUUCGAGCGUCAUCAGCGUCAUCGAGCGCCAAUAAGAAAAUCAAUCACAAAAAGGCUUUUGAAUUAAUCUCAUCGAUGGGUAACUAUUAUUCUUGUCUAAUCAAAUCAACGCUUUGCGUAUACACAUUUCGAGUGACAUAAGUGUGUCCGAAAAUCCAAAGGAGAAAAGGCUAAAACUAACAGAAGUGAAUAGCGUAUUUUUCUUACACGUUCAAGGCAGCCGAUCAAAGGUGAUCUUCGAAAACUGAAACGUCAUUCAUCAUUAGCCUUUCCUUGCGCCUAUGGAGAGAUCGCGUGAUCCCAUCGUCAAAAAAGUUCUUCUCGUUAUAAGCAAAUUGUUACUCUUGUAUUACUCUGAAUUGCGCUUACUCUAAUUUUAGUUUUGCGACUAACAACUAGACUUUUGUUUGCAUCGGUAUAUGUCGAUAUACUCGAAAUCGAGAACGAGGAAGUCGUGUGUGCCGUUUUUUCCAAAAGCCCGAAACUCGCGACCUUCUGAUAAGUUUCGUAGCUAUAUAUUUAAUUGACGCUCGUUCCGGAAGCGAUAGAACUUAAUUCACAACAAUAAAUCUAUCAUGUACUACCGGUCAUAACCGGUCUCUGGGUACCGCCGGGAUAGAAUAUUUUAAUAAUAAUCCAAGCACACACGCACACACACACACACACCAGUCAAAAAACAUAACAGCACACGCACACAGGUGAGUAUAACGUCUAUGAUGUAAGUCUUUCGAAAUGAGGAGCAAAGGUGCUCGACAUCACCAAAACACGCGCAUUUGAAUAAUUUUAUUCGCCGCUCUGGGAGACUAUAAAGCCGGACGAUUUCGCUUCGCAGCCGAGGAAAACUCCAGUCGCUGCGCUACCACUAUAGAGACUAUAUAUACACAGACAAAGCUCGAAGGCAAAAAGAAAAAAAGAACUCGCACAACGCCGCAUCCCCCUUAGUGUAUAUUGCCCGUCCGUAUAAACAUAAGAGAAGAGAUCGGCAGCGCAAAGUGCUGUAUCGUUAUCGGUCUCUUCGUGCGCCGUGGCCUUUAUCUGUCACGGCUUCGGAUAAAAAAAAGUGACGCGUUCGAGUGUGUGCUACACGCGAGCAACGAUUGGACUUUGGAAUCGGAGUAAGAGAGAGAGAGAGAGAGAGAGAGAGAGAGAGAGAGAGAGAGAGAGAGAGAGAGAGAGAGAGAGAGAGAGAGAGAGAGAGAGAGAGAGAGAGAGAGAGAGAGAGAGAGAGAGAGAGAGAGAGAGAGAGAGAGAGAGAGAGAGAAGAAGAAGAUUACGGAUCGGUAGCUGCUCAUCGAAGAUGACGAGUAAGUUGGGGAGGAGGAGGAGGACGAAGGAAGAGUCGAGGAGUCGUGCCGCGGACACCAGAAGCACUGGCGACUCUCGAGCUGCGAGGAUCGUCGAGAAGACACUUUGCUAAGCUGGUCCAGUGUUUAGUUGGGAUUUUUUUUCGUUCGUUGAGUGAAGCUUGCAGAGAUGGCUGAGUUUCAGCUGAACGAAGGGCCCCUCGAUGCCGAGAGCAAGGCGCUCGCCGUCAAGGAGCUCAGGGAGACAGAGGAGAACGUGAAGAACGGCAUCGAGAAGCUCAGGAAGCUGCUGGAAGAGGACAAAACCCUGUACUUCCGAACAGACGACGAUUUCCUGAUGAUCUUCCUGAGGCCGUGCAAGUUCUACCCGGAAUCGGCUCACGCCCUGAUGCUGCGAAUCGCCGAGUUCAAGCAGAAGAACGCCUCGCUACUGGACAACUUGAUGCCUGAAGACGAGAAAGCCGCCUUCCUGGAAAACAACGUCGUGAACGUUCUGAAGAACCGGGACCACAAAAGGAGACGCGUCCUCGUCGUCAACGCCGGCAAGUCCUGGGACCCGGCGAGAGUCAAUGCCGAUCAGAUGUUCCGCAUAUUCUACCUCAUCCACGAGGCUGCCAUACUCGAACCCGAGACCCAGGUGCACGGUGUCGUGGUGAUAAUGGACUUCGAGGGUCUCUCGAUGAAACAAGUCUUAGGUCUGACACCGUCCUUCAGUAUGAGACUCCUUAGUUUUAUUCAAGACGCGAUGCCGCUUCGUCUCAAGGAGGUCCACAUGGUGAAAGAGCCGUUCCUCUUCAACAUGGUCUGGCAGAUGUUCAAGCCCUUCGUGAGGGAGAAGCUGAAGAAGCGCAUGUUCUUCCACGGCUCGAAAAUGUCCUCGCUGCACAAGCACAUGCUGCCGUCUCACUUGCCCAAGAAUUACGGCGGUCAAUUGCCCGAGAUCGACUACACCGGCGCUGAUUGGUAUCCCGUCAUCACCAAGUACGAGGAUCACAUUAAACAGAUGAAUUCGUACGGAUUCAGGAAGGACGAAUAGACUGACUGAGCUGGCAAUCAUGAUUCCAUCCAUCCACGAUAGAGUAUAAUGUAUCGAUGCGACAGCUGCUGUUCGCGAUUAUUUUUUUUUUUUUAUAAAUUACGAAGAUAAUGAUGUAUAGUUUUAGUAAAGUCGACGAGGCGCUCGAUAUGGUCGCCGUCGUUCUCUGUUUUAUCUCUCUUGUUAUGAAUGAAUGUGUUAAUAAAAAAUAAACACUUUGAUUGAUAAAUA